CCGAGCGGAGAACUUCGCCGUUCGCUGCGGCGGCUACUGAGGCUGGUGGCGGAGGGAGGGGGUCGCGGGCCUGGAACGGCGGCCGUCCUGCGCGAGGCUUCUGGAGGGGUUGGCGGCGGCGGAGGGGGGAGAUCCUGCCAGGAGUCGCCUUCGCUGGGAGUCGCGGGUUCGAAUCCCGGGUGGGGGAAGCGGAGUUGCGGGUUGGAUGGAGCAGCCGUGAGGCCCGUGGGCAUCUUGGGAUAGUUGAGAUUCAGGAGAGGGGGGACCAACUCCUCCUCUUUCCCCUCGGCAGCUGUGCAAAGGCUCAGCCCCAGGGUAGGAGUAUAACUUAAUCUGGGGGGUGGGGUUGAGCGUAGUUGUUGCUGGAACUGGGGGAUCGGGGGCUCAGACUAGGGUUAGGGGGGGCAUUUAAUCUGAGUUAGGGGGCCCGUCUGACUGGGGUCGGUAGGAGGAUCAGUAGGUUGGGGGCUCAUUCUAAGAUCAAGGGUAGGAGCUGGACUGAACCCAAGAUCUAGAGGUCAAGUCUAGCUGGGGGUGGGUAGAACUGGAGCAUCAAUAGGUUAGGGGGCUGGCUGGAGGAGAGUGGACAGCCAGGGGUAUUGGGGAACCCUGAAGGCAGAAUUGCCGAGGACUUGGACUUGCAAAGGUCUUGGAUUUGGCAUUGCAAACUGGACUUGGUGGUCAAGAGAAACAGGCGGGUUGACGCUGCCAAAGGGGCAGUGGAGGGGUCCCAUUGGGUGAGAUUUCUGGGUCCCCCCGCACCAUGGAAGAGCCAAGCGAGCGGAGCCCCCUUCUGGGGAGCGGCAGCUACGACGUGGCCCGUUCCCCGGGCGGCGGUGCCCCCAGUGUCUUCCGUGGCCGGCGCUUGGCCUGCGCCGGUGUGCUGCUGACCGAACUGCUGGAGCGGGCGGCCUUCUACGGCGUCACGUCCAACCUGGUGCUCUUCCUCAACGUCCCGCCCUACAGCUGGGAGGGCACCCAAGCCAGCCAGGCCCUGCUGCUCUUCAUGGGGGUCACCUACCUGGUGUCUCCCUUUGGAGGCUGGCUGGCUGACGCCUUGCUGGGCAAGUUCCCCACCAUCUUGGCCAGCAUGGUCCUCUACCUGCUGGGGAUGCUGGCCUUCCCCGCCAUGGCCAUCCCCACCACCAUGCAGUGGCUCUGCGGCAGCGUCCCCCUCUCGUCCGUCGAGAAUUGCUCUUCGCCCCUCAACGCCACCGGCUCCCCGUGCCGCCCGGAGGGGACCACCCGCUACUGUGCCGUCGCUGCCUUCAUCGGCCUGGUCCUCGUGGGGAUCGGCGUGGGAUCCGUCAAGGCCAACAUCACACCUUUUGGAGCCGAUCAGGUCAAAGAUCGAGGCCCUGAAGCGACUCGCCGUUUUUUCAACUGGUUCUACUGGAGCAUUAACGUGGGCGCCCUCUUGUCCCUGGGAGGCAUCGCCUACAUCCAGCAGAACGUCAGUUUCGUCAUAGGCUACAUCAUCCCGGCUGUCUGCAUCGGGGUCUCGUUCGUCGUCUUCCUGUGCAGCCAGAGUUUCUUCAUCACAAAGCCCCCCGACGGCAGCGCCUUCACGGACAUGUUUAAGAUUCUGGCUUACUCGUGCUGCUCCAGGAAAAGGCCCAGAGAACACUUGAGCAACGGGGACACCCAAGGGAUACUUCAGCAGCGUCCUAUAAAGCAGAACCUCUUUGAGAUGGCCAAAGCCUCUCGCGGAGGGCCCUUCAGGGAAGACAAAGUCGAAGAUGUGAAGGCGCUGGUCAAGAUCAUCCCUGUCUUCCUGGCACUCAUACCUUACUGGACGGUGUAUUUUCAGAUGCAGACGACGUACGUCCUCCAGAGCCUGCACUUGAGAAUCCCUCAGUUUUCGAACAGCACGUCGAACACCCACACGUUCCCGGCCGCGUGGCUGACCAUGUUCGAUGCGGUGCUCAUUCUCUUCCUGAUACCUCUGAAAGAUAAAGUCGUUGACCCCAUCUUGAAGAGGAACGGCCUGCUGCCUUCGUCUCUGAAGAGGAUUGCAGUCGGGAUGUUCUUUGUGAUGUGCUCGGCUUUUGCGGCAG